AUGGCGCCCGCCGGUGCGAUGGCCCCGACGCGGGCCAACCGAACCGCCGACCUGUCGGGCCUGCUGCUGGAGCAGGCCCACGAGCUGUUCGCGGAAGCGCUCACUUCCACCGUGCCCAGCACGCCGCUGGCAACCGCCGCGCCCUCGCCCUUCGACACCACACUGCCGCCGGAGCCGGUGGUGGAGAGGACGGCCGCGAUGUUCGUGUACGCCCUGUUCCUGGUCCUGAUCCCCACGGCCACCAUCCUCGGCAACGCGCUGGUCAUCCUGUCGGUGCUGCGGUUCAAGGCGUUGCAUUCGGCCAUCAAUUUUUUGAUUCUCGGCCUCGCGGUGGCCGACCUUUUCGUCGCCGUGUUUGUGAUGCCCUACGCGGUUUAUGUAUAUGUGAGUUGUGCAAGCCUAUGUAUAUCGGUCUGUCGGGGAAAUAAUGAGCAAAAGUCACCGGUCGAUCGCUGAACACAACUCAUUUUCUCAUCGGCGAUGCGAUCUUUGAUACGAAAAGGUGUUCAUAAUUUUCCCGACAGACUGAUAUGCAGCUUGAUGUCUACAAACCUCCAUGUGCCACAAAAAUAAAAUUCAAAUUGCAGAUACAAGGUGGUAACUGGUUCCUCGGCAAUCUGAUGUGUGAUAUUUACAAUGCAAGUGAUGUCGCUUGCAGCACAGCCUCGAUAUUCCUGUUGGCGGUGAUAUCUUUCGACAGAUAUCGUGCAGUCAGCCGGCCUAUUCAGUAUUCGCGACAAUCGCAGAAUAUCCGACGAGUCAUUGUGAUCCUAGUGCUCAUCUGGGUCGUAUCGCUUGCGCUGGCCUCGCCGAUCGUUCUGGGUAAGAAAAAGUGUGAUUUCACAUUAAAUUAUCGACAUCUCUCUAAUUUGUUUUAAACGUGUUCAGCUUUUGAGGCAGUCUUGGCCAUGGAUAAUAUAAAAACGAUAUUAUUUUAGGUCUAAAUCAUCGGCCGCCGGACGCUUCGCCCUACGAAUGCCGCUUCUACAAUCCCGAGUUCUCGGUGGGCUCCUCCAUCGUCUCGUUCAUCGUCCCGUGCAUCAUUGUCCUGUUCGUCUACAUCCGAAUCAUGAUGGCGUUGAGGAAGCGGGAGAAGGCGGCCAAAAUGCGAAGAUUGGCUAGUCAACAACAAGACAAGUACGUCCACGACAAAAAAUAUUCAGUUCUCAGUCUGUCGGGAAAAUAUUGAGCAAUCUCUCGCAUCAACAAUCGCAUUGCUGCUGAUAAAAUCAAUUGUGUCGCGGCAAAAUCGAAUUGUUUUUCACUUCAGCGACACGAUCGGCGCAGUGACAUUGCGCACAUCAUUUUCCCGACAAGUUGAUGCUAAUCCGUUCGUAAAGUCUCUGAACUGAUUUAGGCAACGUUACACUGUGCAGAAAAAGUCAGGGUUUUAGCAACAGCCCAAAAAAACCCUAUUGCACUGUGCAAAAAGCCAAUGCACAGUGCAAGGCGGAUGUUUUGUUUGCUCACAGUGCAUGUCGCCAGAAUCACUGUAUUGACUUUGCUCAUGAUUCAGAGGCUUUACGAACGGACUAGUAUCAACUUGUCGGGAAAAUAAUGUGCACAAUGUCGCUGCGUCGAUUGUGUCGCUGAAGUGAAAGCGAUUUGAUUUUGCCGCGACACAAUUCUUUUUUUCGUCUGCGAUGAUGUCAUUUUUGAUGCCACAGAAAGCUGAUUAUUUUCCCACGGGCUGAUAGUAGUGUCUACCAGUCCUUCCGGAAACUCGGCAGAGUGAUUUUUGGCGUUUGCGAUAUGCGAAAAAACUCAAGGUGCGAGCGACAGCCCAAAAGAGAAAAAAAAUUUUCUUUGCACUACUGCACAGUGCAAAGAAGGCUCUUGUUUUCUCACAGUCCAAGUUUCAGUCCGGUGAAUUUCCGGAAGGACUAGUGGCACCUAAACUGUUGAGAAAUCCUGUUUUUUCAAACCCUCAACCCCCAUUUUUCAGCCGAAACGACGGCUCGACCGACGAAGUGGACGCCGGACAAAUUGUCGCCGCUCCAGGUAGGCCAGUCCGUCCCCGGUUUUUUUCCGAAUCUUUUGUCGGUUUCCGAAAUUUGUUUACACGUUUGCUCUCCCGAGAUCUCAACAACAUUUCUGUUAUAUUUACUUGGUCUGAAGUGUCUCCGUUUUCCUCGUCAACAAUGGCACUGUGCGAGAAUUUCAGAAAUGGGGGAGACGUUCGCGGUCAAACAGGCGGAAAGGAAAUUACAUGGGAUCAUUAGCGCUAUGAUGGAGUAGGGGGUGCUUCGUCAAAAAUUUGAAUGGAUCUCCUGAUAGAUUACCGACGUACUGCUCGUUUCGGAUAAACGACCUUUUUCGAAUUACAUUUGAAUAAUAGAUGGAGCGUUUAGAGCGCAUUUUUUUGAUGAUGAAAUUUGGGCAAUUACCGUAAAUUUUGGGUGAGUCAGAAAGCGAAGAUUAAAUUUUUGGAAAUUUACGUAAUAUUUUUUACUGUUCUAAAAUUUGCAUAUUUUAUUUCUCUGAGAUUUACAUAAAAAUUUUUGAAAAAUAAAUUGCAUAAAUUUUUUUCUUGUUCAAAAAUAAGCAUAAAAUUAGUUAAAAAGAUUACGUAAAAAUUUUUUAUCGUCCAAAAAUUUAAAUAAAAUUCAAAUUAACGCCCAAAAAUUUGCAUAUCUUUGAUUUUCAAAAAUUUGCAUAAACUUUUUAAUUGAUCAAAAAUAAGCAGAAAAUUAGUUAAAAAGAUUACGUAAAAAUUUUUUAUCAUCCAAAAAUUUGCAUAAAAUUCAAAUUAAUGCCCAAAAAUUUGCAUAUCUUUGAUUUUCAAAAAUUUGCAUAAAAUUUUUAAUUGCCCAAAAAUUAACAUAAAAUCCGAAUUUGCUCUCCAAAAAUUUGCAUAAACCCUUUUUCGCCUCAAAAACACUUUCAUAAAACCUCAAAAAUUCAAAAUCAAUGUUCUAACAACGCACUGCCAUUGUCUUCUUCUCGUAUCUCCUCACCAUUUCCAUGUUGCCGUGUCGCACCGUUUUCUCGGAUAUUUUUUCAUUUUUUCGAAUUUUUCAUUGCCGUUUUUCGCACCGCACUCCGUUUUCACAAUGUUCUUUUUUUGGAAGCACCGUUUUAACUUUUUGGUUUUUUUGGGUUGCGCGUAAAUUGCAGCGAGCUGUUCAUGGCCAGAACGAAAUUUGGAGUCUGUAAGUUACAUGAGAAGGAUUCUGGAAAGGGAAAUUCAUGCACUCGAAAUUCUUAAUAAUGCAAAAUAAUUGCAAAAUUAUGAUGUUUCAGUCUCAAUUUUCAAUUCUGCCUCUAACUGUCUGCUUAUAUUAUGAUUACAAAUUAAUUUUUUCUUCUUCAAAUUUCCGAUUUUGUCACUAGUCCGUUCGUAAAGCCGCUGGAGUAGUGAUUUUUGACGUUUGCACUACAGAAAAGUCAGGGUGCGAGCGACAGCUCAAAAAAGCCUAUUGCACGGUGCAAAAAGCAAGAAAUUGCACCGUGCAAAGGGAAUUUUAGUCUCCUCACCGUGCAUGUCGCCGAAAUCACUCCAGCGACUUCAACGGUCCAGCAAUUCCCAUAACAAACCCAAAAAAUUUGUCAUCAUGAAAUUUCCUGCCGCUUUUCUCUCCUCUCCUCUCUGUCUGCUCACUGCAGCAAGUUUUCGUUGCAGCCGUCAACCUGCUGAUGCUGGCCCUGCCCUCCAUGCAACGUCGGAUGCGCCGCUUCGAGCGCCACCGGAGCGCCCUCCAACAAGCAGGCGAGUUGUUCAAGGUGCAGGCCUGGAUGCGGCCCAUGGUGCGGCGGCAUGGCGCGAAGAAGGGCGGUGAGCACGCCAAGCGUGCGGAGCUGCCGCAGCCCGACCCCGCAACGCGCAACCCGCUCCCCGCGCUUACGCUCGCAGCGCCCGCGAAGAAGCUGAGCACGCGCGCGCCCAGCAGCGUCCUGUCCAGCCAGAGCGCGCUGCUGCAGAUGGCGGAGAUGUCGACGAACGCGGUCGGCGUCGCCACCCUCGACCCGGAAGCGGCCGCCACCCAACAACAGUCGGUGAGAAGGUGCAGAUUCGCGGAUGAGCAGAAUGUCAAAGAGUACGAGGUGGAGGAGGCGUCGGAGCAGGAGGAAAACGAAGAGGAGGACGAGAGCGACGAGGACGAGAGCGACUCCGACGACAGCAUGGACGAGUUCCAUGCGUCGGCGCGGAACCUUUUCGCGAGGGUUGGCUGUGGCGUUGCCAACAUGUCGAAGCUCACGGAUGCCGCGAUUAGUGUGAUCGGCGCGCGGCCCAGGUUGUCGUUGGCUGAACCCACGCUGCGAAAGCUAAUUCCUCCGUCGAGACGGACCCUGCAAACGCCUGAAACUCCGAACCGACGAAAGUCCGGCAUUCCCCAAUUCGAGCCCAUCGAGGUGUGUUCGCCGCAAACCCUGGGAUUGGCGUCGUUGAUGCCGCUGCUGGCAACAGGCUCUCUACGACGCUGCAGCGACUCCGUUUCGCAAAUGAGAACCAAUUCCUGUCGAGUACCCAGCCCCAACCAACUGUCCCCGAACGAUAUUGACUUGAAACGACAGGCCUUGCGGCCUUCCAGUGCCAAUCCGCUGAGCCCACCGUCAGUGGGAAGCACAAUGACUCCAAGACCGACACCCACCGGCAGCUUCAUAUCAAGAGAAGGGUCGUCGCCGGAGGUGCCGGAUCGACCGCUAGUAGAGGACGAGCAAGUCGUUGAUCAUGUUAGAUUCCACAUGUCCGAGAACGAGGAAGGUCUUGUGGAAUUCAAGUGCGAAGAGUAUGUUGCAACUGAAGCGGAAGAAGAAGUGGUGGCUGAAGAAGAAAAAGGGAGGGUUCUUGAGGAGAGUCUAGACGAACAAGACGCAGAGACUCACCAAGAAUAUAAAGAACAGUUAGAAGAUGAAGAAAACGCUUCAGAAACGGAAGAAGAAGAAGACCUUUCGCCACGCGCAUUUUCCGACGAACGCGUUCGCCGUCUCAUCGACGACGAUGAGAAGAAGCUCAGCCACGACUCCACUCAUCUACAGGCGAGUGAAGCGCUCGUCAUCCUUAGAGACCAUCAUUCCCCGGCUCCUUCAACAAACCUCCCAAGCACUCUUGAGAUGACGGCCAAAAAACGUGACCCGCAAAUUGAGGGUGCUCAAGAGCUCAAGUCGCCUGCUUGUGACAUGAGCCAUUCCACGUCCAACGACCGUACCACCAUCGAGACGCCGUCCAGCUACGAGCCGGAGGAGGAGGAGCCGAACGGCUUGAAGUUGAGUGCGCGCUCGGCGCAACGCCAUCGCGAAGAGAUCUGGAAGGCGAGGAUGGUCUUCUUCCAAACGGGCCCGCAGCCCAUCCUCAACGCGCGGAGUCCGUUGAUGUUGCGGCGGUUCGUCUGCGACCCGCUUAAUGAUCCGCUUGAAGAAAGAGAGAGGCUGCUGAAGCUAGUCGAUAACUCCACUCGUCACUCUGUCGAUGACGCCUCGAACACACUCAGACAUAGCGACACAAGUACGUAGAGGUCGUAUAGCCGUCUAACCGCCGGAUGUUGCAUAAUAACCGUCGUCGUAUCGGAAAUAUAUUGCUUAACAUUGACAUUAACCCCUCGGCGCUCUCUAUUGUUUCGUGAACUCUCUAUUGUGGCUUGAAUUUAUUUGCAAGGGAAGGUCAGCGCGAUUAAACAUAUAACAAGGUAUAUAGGGUGCUAAAAUUGGCUUGAUGUGGUGUGCAUAGUCUGAGUGUUUGACGUGUUGUGCUGUGACUAACCCUCACCGAACGAAUGCGCAAUCUUGCACGUGGCCUUUGAAGUGGGCACUUGGCAGAAAACGGGUCUCAAGUGGAAUCAACGACUAUACAAGACAAAGAUCACCGUACAUCGAAAAUAUCACCAUGGCAUUCCAAGAGAUCCAACAUUUAUCCACCAAUUAUUCGCUUGCGGUGUCGCACCAGAAUUUUUUUCGUUUUGUUUGCCGUGUCCUCCCCCCGCACUCACACAAUUAACACCACUUUCAGCGUAGUCCGCCGUGCGAUGUCGUCCGCAACUUUUUGUCCACAGGUUUCCGGGUAUCAAGUAAUAACAGCGCUCUUUCAGACGACCACGACGUUGGGAACUCGUCAAGUCCGCUGAGUUCGAGCGACUCGUUGUCAGACAAUAUACACGUUGUCACGAAUGACUUUGUUUCGGAGGCGCCCACUUCUAUGUCAAGGUAAUAAAUUUAGUAUUCGGCUAGUAUCAGGUCUGUUAUUAGCCUGUCUAGAAAAUAAUGUGGAUUUGGCGGCCCUUGGAAUGGCCUGUCAUCGCUUUGUGACAGCUUGGGAAUUUGGUGCGCAAAGAGACAUUAGACUUUGGUCGAUCCACAAUAUUUCCCCGACAGACUAAUGUUAUAAUAGUAUCGUUGAUGAUAAACUGAGUAUCUGGUAGCUUUCAGAAUCAAAAACAAAAAUUUUUAUUUUUAGAAAGUCCAGUGAGUACGAGUCGCAACACACGAACGGCACGCAUCCCGGCCACCCUCACAACACAUAUCACAGCCGCAAUCGGCGGCUUUCCCGUGAAUCCUCGUUGCUACGGUAAGGCAGUCAUCGAACAAAGUCGGCCGUGUCUUGUAUCAGUCUGUCGGGAAAAUAAUGGGCACUCAGUCGCAUAGAAAACCGCAUCGCUGCCGAGAAAAUGAAUAGUGCCGUGGCAAAACCAAAUUGCUUUUUUUUUACUUCAGAUACGCGAUUGGUAGAGCGACACUGUGCUCAUUAUUUUCCCCACAGAUUGUAUGGACCUUCUAAUUUUUCAUGUCCAUUUUUAGAAACCCAAUGAAGCGAUUCAAAAGCUUGCACGUCUCUCCUCGCAACAUUGCACUGCCCACGGUUGACAUUGCUCGCCCCGCCGACAUUUGGCGUCAUUUCUCGCGCCGCUCCCCUCGAAUAUUCGGUCCCCAAUCCACGCCCAGCCCGAAGAUCAUGCAAAAGAAGUAUUCGUACGCCGAAGAAGGCCUGUUCGGCACGACCACACCGUUGUUGGACGCUGGCCGCAGGAAGAGCGACACGUCGGCGUUCGCUCAAACCCCGCCGAACGGCGCGCCCGAGGGGCUGGGAGCAUGGGUAACGGAGGAGGGCGAGCCUCAGAGGAACAUCGAGGAGACCGAAGAGGUCGCCGAGCCGCCGAAACUGCCACUGUCGCCGAAAUCGCCGGCCAAACGGUUCGAAGGCGCGCUGACGUCCGCCGUGUUGGGAGAGGACAUGGAUUAUGUCGAUGUGGACUCGAUGCAAGGCAGCCUAACGGGUGCGUACGCCAAGCCUCCGCCAAUUGCGCUUUAUUCUCAAGAAACUACCUCAUCCGCUACUGACCUCAGGUAGGAUAUUUUGGGUUUGGUCCGAAGAGGGCGUUGGGGCAAGACGACUACUGCUCGAAAAAGGCCACCUGGGCGAUGAGGGCUACUGUCGGAAAAGGGGCCUAGGCAAAGAGGGAACCUGGUCGGGGAGUGCAUCUGGGCGAUGAGGGCUACUGGCCAAAAAGGGGACCUGGGCGAUGAGGGCACCUGGUCGAGGAGGGCACCUGGUAAAGCGGGCACCUGGUCUAGAAGGGAACCUAGGCGAAUAGGGCAACAAAACCUAGGUGCCCUCUUCACUCAUAUGCCCUCUUCCCCCAAUUACCUUCGUCUCGUCCAACCGAUUAUUGGGCUAACUUCCCUUUCUGAAAAUUGUGUAUGACCUAAAAUGACCCUGUGACAUCGAAUUCCACUGCUACACAACUAAUAACACCCGGUUUUAGGGAAGAAAAAAUUCAAGAAGCUGCGAUAGAAGAGGAGCCCGCAAAUCCCCCCAAUAUGGUUUCCAACGACGAGCACAGCGCCCUCAACGAUGCGACGAUUGCGACCGAUUCCGGGCUCGGCCCCGACUCCCGGGAGCACAACGAAGUCGUCAUCACCAACUUGAAUGCCAUGGAAGCGGCGGAAACGCCGAGAAAGAUCUCCAAAUCGAAGAGACAUGAAGAGGUAGGGAGAGAAGAAGACUACCCGUUUUGUCUCGGGAAGUAGUAAAAAAUCGGUCGUAUAUGAGUUGCGAUGACAAUUAAAUUAAGCGAUUUGAAUUCCAGGCCGGCUCACCCACCGUAACCUUCAAGAUCCCCGGAAAACACCGCGAGAAAUCGUCGAGGAACGACCGGCCAAUGAAACGUCUCUCAUCGGCUGCGCAGAUCUACGAAAACAAGCGGACGGUGGACAAAAAUGUGGAUCAAGGUAAGCCAAAUGCGUCCAAAGCAACAACAACCCAUUUAGAAGCCGAUUUGAAGCACAAACGAAGCUUCUCCCAACGCCUUCGAGGCUCGCUUGGCGCUGUGGUUGGACCCACAAACUCCCGCUCCGAGCAUUCGAUGGACAGCUGCUACUCGUCCAGCCAAUCGCAGGGCACCAAUACCACGGUGGGCGCGGGAAAUUCGAGCGGCUCAAAGGAGUCGAAGAAGGGCAAAGUCCUGGCCAACUCCAAGGCCAACGGAAGCACCACCGAGCUGGCUGUGCGCAUGGUGAAGAAGGCGAUCAAUCGCAAGGAGUCGAGCCUCAAAAGAAAGGUCAAUAAGGCUCAACGGAAGGAAAAACGGGCCACAAAAACCUUGGGAAUCGUUGUGGGUGAGUUGGAGAUCAAGAUAGUAUUAUUAGAAUUUUCACAAAGUGCAUGGAAAUUUAUCGCUAGCGCCAGGAAUUCGCACAGUGCAAACGGAAUUUUUGGUGUUUUGCACGGUGCGAAAACGGAAAAAUAAAGAUGCACUGUGCGUUGGCGACAAGUGUGAGAAAACGCUCAAAAAGGACUUUCAUGAAGUGCAUGGGCAUUUACCGCGCCCCGCACCGUGCAAAAAAUCCACCCAUUCUGCACCCGCAUUCCAAAUUUCGUUUGGUUUUUGCACUGUGCGGCGAAAAUCGCUGAACUUGCACAGUGCAAACGGCUUUUCUUGGAGCUUGCACGGUGCGGAAAAAGGAAAAUGCACUGUGCGUUAGCGUCAAGCGUGGGAAAAGGCUCAAAAUGCACUUUCAUGAAGUGCAUGGACAUGUGUCUCGCCCCGCACCGUGCAUUCCACCUUUUGUUUUCUUUUGCACUGUGCGGCAAAAUAUCGCUGGCGACAGGAAUUUGCACAGUGCAAACGGCUUGUUUGGAAGUUUGCACGGUGCGAAAAGAGGAAAACGCACAGUGCGUUGGCGACAAACGUGGGAAAAGGCUCAAAAUCAUUGUGCGAAAAACGAAAAAAUGUCCAUGCACUUUAUGAAAAUUAAUAACAAAAUAUUUUCAAAUUUCAAGCCAAAAAUUAUCACAUGACGUCUAAAUCGACCUUAUCUUAGGCAUCUUCCUCAUCUGCUGGGUGCCCUUCUUCUUCAUCAACAUCCUCAGCGGGAUAUGCAUCAAGUUGAACAUAGAGAGUUGCCAAGUCGGGUUCGGCCCCUUCUUCUAUGCCACCUGGAUCGGGUACAUGAACUCGUUCAUGAACCCGGUGAUCUACACCAUCUUCAACACCGAGUUCCGGCGUGCCUUCAAGUCGCUGCUGCUGGGUAAAAGCAACAAUCGGAGGAAUCGCGGCCAUCCCGUCUAG